AUGGAGGAUAUCGAAGAGAUGCUGUUUUUGAUUCUCGUUAACACAGACAUUAUGGUCCAGUGUGGCUCUAAGUCAGUGGCCCUCCAUGUCUUCCUGUGUGCCAUAUAUUAUAAUGGAUAUAACGAGUCACUGCUGGCCCUCAACUCCCAACAUCGCAAAAACCAUUGUAAAGGGAUUGCUGACUGGACGGUGGACCCGCUUGUUCUCAGAUUCAACUUCUCCAUCACAAAGGCAGCGAUCGUUGCCUGCUCCACCAAGCUGACACUCAUUCAGGGGGUGGGUGGCGGACUGUUUGCAGACUUCUCUAACAUCCAGAAAGUCAACAUCUCAGGUAGUAUCCACUCCGAGGACUCUAGUACAGGAGCCAUCACCUAUAACCCAAAGUUGAUGUACAUGUUCUCCUGUGACUACCCACUGCAGUACCUGGUCAACCAAACUCAGAUGAGCGUGUCUGGGGUCAACCUGGCAGUCCAAGACAAUAAUGGGAGUUUCAUCAGCACACUGAGCAUGCAGCUUUACUCGGACAAUAGCUACUCCUCUGUGCUGCAGAUCCCUCCAGGAGGCCUGCAGCUAAAGACCAGGAUCUUUGCAGAAGUGAAGGCGUCCAACCUCACAAGCAGAUUCAACGUGCUCCUGGACCGAUGUUACGCCACAGUUUUGCCUUUCCCCAUCAACACCACAUAUUAUGAUCUCUUUAUUGAGUUAUAUGCCUACAGAGAUGAAACGUGA